AUGGAAGUAGUACUUGCGUUAAACUUCGACGCUAUCAAUUAUGGGAAGGAUGUCACAAAGUUCGAUAGUUACACAGCAAAUGUAAGAAACAGAGUAUGCUUCUCGGUAGCUAUUGUGAACAUUGACAAGUUCCGUAGUUUUUUCCUGUUUGCAAAACAAAAGCCCAGGGUAUUCAUUUUCUUCAAAUUGUUCUUAGUUCGCAAAAAGAAUAUGACAGAUAUUCCUACAAUUGACGAGACAAUUCACUUUGAUAACCCACCGCAAUAUUCAGAGCUUCAACAGCAAGCACAUCAUCGUGUAGUUGCCAUAAGCAUUGACGAAGGCUCCGCUGAAUAUGUGUAUGAUUGGGCUGUUAACAACUUCAUCAACCCUACUUCUGAUUUGGUAGUGUUCUUAAACUGUCGUCCAGUUGAACUUCCCGUAGCGCCUUACAUAAAUACAACAGCAAGUACAAGCGCAGUUGACGAAACCAAAAAGAGGAAAAGUCAUGAGUUACUGGAUGGAUACGCUAGACGAUUGAAGCCCUUUAAUAUUGCUGUCAGGGCCAUUGCUUUAACGGGUGAUCCUAGAGAAGAAGUCAUUCGCAAAGUUACCGAGCUAGAAGCCAAUGUGUUGAUAAUGGGCUCACGUCAACUGGGGUCUGUCAAAAGAGCCUUUUUAGGCAGCGUUAGUGACUAUUGCAGUCAUCAUAGUCCAUGCACCGUUAUUAUUGUACGACCAGAUGAUAAUUUCAACAAAAAGAAGGACACUAAGCGUCUCUUCCAACGAAGAUCACAUUAG